AUGCACAACGUCCGCAGAGUCCAGACGGGUACGCUGUCUGCAGAAGAGAUCGCCGCACAGCGCGAAGCGGAGCGUCAGAAGCUGGAUACAUACAAUGGGCUGGAAACAAAGUAUAGAGAACAUCGCAACCGAGGCGACAAGCAUGAGGAAGCAUUGGAAAGUACGACGGCGCUCCUUACGGUGAACCCCGAAUACUAUUCUGUAUGGAACUAUCGGCGUGAAAUUUUGGAGGACAUGUUUGCACACGAUCCAUCGCGAAAAGAGCAGCUGUUAGACCAAGAUAUGGCGCUCACGCAGCAGAGUAUGCGCACGCACCCCAAAGUGUACUGGUUAUGGAAUCACCGACGAUGGUGUCUCGAAUCAUUACCCUCUGAAGAAGCAGAACGGAAAUGGCGCCAGGAGCUGAGUUUGGUGGAUAUGAUGCUUGGGAUGGACCCGCGAAAUUUCAUGGGGUGGAACUACAGGCGCUACGUAAUUGCCGAACUAGCCGCGGCGAUGGUGCGGGACGAGCAAGAGCAGCAAACGAUCCCGCCCUUUCCAAGCUCCUUAUCGUCGCCAGCCUUAUCCACACAAGCAAAGAAUGCACACUUGGAGCUCGCCAACGAAGAGUUGCGCUACACUUUAAAAAAAAUCGAGCACAAUUUCAGCAAUUUCAGUGCAUGGCACUACCGCUCGAAGCUCAUCCCACGUAUCUGGGACGCACAAGGCCUUGACGAAACGAUGCGCAUCCAGGAGCGUGAUAAAGAGUUUGAGCUUUUGCAGCAGGCAAUGUACACGGAUCCUGGUGAUUCGAGCAUCUGGAUUUACCACCGGUGGCUUGUGUCGCAAGCGCCGACAAAGCGCACCCUCGACGCACAAAUCCAGGUGAUUGCAGAGCUUUUGGAGCUCGAGCCAGAUAGCAAAUGGUGCAUGCAGACCCUUGCGCACUACAAGCAGCAGCUGGUUUUGCUCCAUGGCGACGCGCUCGAAGCAGCCACACGAAACGAGCUCGAAGAUGCGUCGCGUGCUUUGCUAGAAAAACUUGCUGUGAUAGACCCACUCCGCAAGGCACGCUACAUGGAUCUGCUGCAUACCUAG